AUGAACUCUGUACCCAAUUUCCCGCCGGAGAUAGCCAAAGAUAAAUCGUUACGAAAAUACUGGUAUAAGCGCUUUUCGCUAUUCACCAGAUUUGACGCUGGAGUUAGGUUGGACCGCGAAGGAUGGUAUUCCGUCACUCCAGAGGAAGUUAUUGCACACUCGGCAGAGCGUUGCCGGUGCAAUGUAAUAGUAGAUGCGUUCUGUGGCUGCGGAGGCAAUAGCAUCCAAUUUGCAUUCACUUGCAAUCAAAUGAUUGCAAUAGACAUCGACCCAAACAAAAUAAAGAUGGCUGAGCACAACGCGAAGACUUAUGGAGUGGCCGAUAAAAUCAAAUUUAUCAAUGGAGAUUUCCUGAAACUGGCCAGUAAUCUGCAUGCGGACGUAUUAUUUAUGUCUCCUCCGUGGGGAGGGCCAAAUUACUCAAAACACAAAAUUUUUGACAUUGAAUGCUCCCUGAUACCUGUCUCGGCAACGGAGCUGAUGAGUAAGGCUCGGCAGGUUAGUCGCAACAUCGCUAUUUACUUGCCACGUAAUUCAAAUACGCAACAACUGACAAAGCUAGCCGGGCCGAAUAAUCCCGUUGAAAUCGAGCCGAAUUUUCUUGAUCGGAAGCAGAUUGCCCUGACCGCAUACUACGGAGGUCUUGUCCGUCGUUAA